AUGAAUAGUCCUUAUGUGCUAGGAAUUCGAGAUACUGAAAGUGUACAGAAAUUUCAACAAAGAUUAGACAGUGCCAGGCAAAUAAUGGUUGUUGGAAAUGGUGGUAUUGCUACAGAACUUGUUUAUGAAAUUGAAAAUUGUUCUGUCAUUUGGGCCAUUAAAGAUGAAUCCAUUAAUAAUGCUUUUGUUGACGCUGCUGCUGGUAAAUUUUUUUUAAAGAAACUUGAUGAAAGGAAACAAGAAAAUAAAACUUUGAAGAGGAUGAAAUACACUGUAACUGAAAAUACUCACGCUAAAACAGAUGAUCUUGGUGGUGCUCUUGGACCUGACUGGUCUUCAAAUCUGAACAUGUGUGGCAACCAAAAAAUCAUUAAAAAAGUUCAUGUUGAAUAUAAAGUGGAAGUUGAAAAAAUCUUAACAGCUGAAGAACUGAAAGCAGCCUGUCUGCAGCCAUCUACAUCUCAUCUGGAUGAACAAUCAGAAUGUGAAUGUAAUUGGCCGAUAUAUGUUGUCCUAUCAAAUGGAAAAAUCUAUGGGUGUGAUUUUCUAGUGAGUGCCACUGGUGUCAUACCCAACACUGAUGUCUUAUUACAAGGAAAUUCUUUUGAUCUUGCUGAAGAUGGUGGAAUCAAAGUCAAUUCAAAAAUGCAGACCAAUAUUCAAAAUGUAUUUUCUGCUGGAGAUGUUUGUACUGCAUCAUGGGAAAUUGCUGAACAUUGGUUUCAGAUGCGACUUUGGACUCAAGCUCGACAAAUGGGGGCAUAUGCAGCAAAGUGUAUGAUUGCUGAAGAAAAAAAAAUGGAAAUACCUAUGGACUUUUGCUUUGAAUUGUUUGCUCAUGUCACCAAAUUCUUCAAUUAUAAAGUUGUUCUUCUUGGAAAAUACAAUGCACAAGGACUUGGUAAUAAUUAUGAAUUGUUAUUAAGAGUAGAAGAAGAUGAAUUUGUGAAAGUUGUGCUGAGUAAUAACAAAUUGCAAGGAGCCAUUCUAAUUGGAGAGACAGACCUAGAGGAGACAUUUGAGAAUUUAAUUCUUAACCAAAUGGACUUUUUCUUCUUCAUAUUCAUACCUGUCCUUACUGCAUGUGCUAGAGGUUUCUUCCUUUGGCACAUCAUUGUCACCUUCAAUUUCUUUAACAAUUUUUAUUUCUAUAUUUGUCUCCAUCAUAUUUGCAUUUUCUCCAUGUUUCUCCCCUCCUAG